AAUGGAGAUGAAAAUGCCCCCACCGCAGAUAUAUGUAGAAAAAACUCUGGCCAUUAUCAAACCAGAUAUUGUUGACAAAGAGGAGGAGAUACAAGAUAUUAUUCUCAGAUCUGGAUUCACCAUUGUUCAGAGAAGAAAACUGCAACUCAGUCCUGAGCACUGUAGUAACUUUUAUGUGGAACAGUAUGGGAAAAUGUUUUUCCCAAAUUUAACAGCUUACAUGAGUUCUGGACCACUCAUUGCUAUGAUAUUAGCUAGACAUAAUGCCAUCUCUUACUGGAAAGAACUUUUGGGACCAAGUAAUAGUUUAGUAGCUAAGGAGACACACCCAGACAGUCUAAGGGCACUUUAUGGCACCGAUGACCUAAGGAAUGCACUUCAUGGGAGUAACGACUUUGCUGCAGCAGAAAGAGAAAUUCGUUUCAUGUUUCCUGAAGUGAUCGUUGAGCCCAUUCCAAUUGGACAAGCUGCUAAAGACUAUUUAAAUUUAUAUGUAACACCAACUCUGCUUGAAGGACUCACAGAGCUUUGUAAGCAAAAACCAGCAGAUCCUUUUAUUUGGCUAGCUGAUUGGCUGCUGAGAAAUAAUCCCAAUAAACCUAAACUCCACCCCUGUUCAAUUGCAGAAGAACCUUAUGAAGCUCCCUGCCAAGCUGGCCUGGGAUUAACCCAUCAUUUCCCAGCCAGAGCUAUCCCAGUUGCCUGGCUUUCCUGGGGCCUCUCAUGUUAA